AUGACAUUAGCAUCAGCACCAGCAGCAACAGAAUCAUGUAAUUCAUUUAUUCCACCAUCAUUUGAUGUAAAUAAAGUAGAAAUUAUUUCAGAUAGACCAGAUUGUGCAACAUUUAUAUUCACUGAUGAAGAUCAUACAUUAGGAAAUGCUUUACAUUAUGUUUUAAUGAAAAAUCCAAAAGUUGAUUUCUCAGGUUACAGUAUUCCACAUCCAUCUGAUAAUAGAAUGAAUCUUCGUAUUCAAACAAAAAGUAACAUCACAGCACAAGAGUCAUUAUUACAAGGUUUAACUGAUAUUAAAGAUAUUUCAAGACAUAUUUUUGAAACAUUUAACAAUGCACUUGAUCAAUAA